AGUGUCUCCGUCCUAAUUUGGAACCUGGAGAUGCCGGUUAUCCGAUUCGCUCCGUGAUUUUGUUUUAGGCACAACGAAAAGCUGGAAAAGAAAACAAGUCCACAAAACCCUAACCCCCCACGCAAACCACUCUCUUCGUCACCUGCUUCAGCUAAUCGGGAUCGCUCCUGAAUGUGCAAUCACCGUAUGGCUCUUGAAUAUCAGGCCAAGCAGUCCGAACAGCAACCGCGGGCUGACGAUGGCAGCCAUAAGCUGAGGAGACACCCCAACGUAGAGCUUGAGCCGGACAACUAUGACGAUCUGCAUUUGGAGUUCAGUCCGAUGUUGUUCAGUUCUCUCGAGCGCUACUUGCCGGAUUCAUUUCUCGGUUGCUCUCGCCUUCAGAAAGCUUGUUUCAUGAGGGAUCUUCUUCUCAGAUACUCCUCCGACUCCGACCGAAUCCGACUUCAGAGACAUAGAGAAUACAGGCAGAACAUCCUUGCUUCUUACCAGGUACCGCGUCCCAUCACAUCUCAGUUGCCCUUUAACGAUUCAACUAUUGUUGAACUCCGUUGGCUUCCUCAUUCAUUGUAG